AUGUCCGACAAGCACGAGUUCUGCCCAGGAGAGAAGCGGAUGAUUGUGAACAGCUACGAGUAUUUCAAAAGCCAGAAGGAACAAGGCCUCUUCAAAGGCAUCAGGACACGCCAACUGGUCUCUAAUUGCCUUGGUUGUGCCCUCAACACCGUUGACUCCGUGGUUAAUGAGAAAAAGAAUAACCCAGACACUGAUUUUGAGCUACUCGCAUUAGCCCCCAUCUGCAAGAAGUGA